AUUUUUUUUUACUUCGAUUCAUUGGAAGAAAAGAGGUUAGGUAAGGAUAUAUAUUCUCAAGUCACUGUAGGAUGGUACUUUGUCUUUCCAACUCGACCUAACAGAAGUGCUUGGUUGGAUAAAAACUUCCAAAAAUCAUAAAAAUUUUAUAUUAAAUUUUAAAAAAUUAAAUAUCUUUACUUAGGAAUUAGAUUCGUGUAUUUCUUUCAAUUCAAAAUAGAGAAUUGAAAAUUUUUUGGAAGAAGCGCUUCUUUAUUAUUUAUUUGAGGUUUUUAGGUUGGUUAUAGACUGGAUUUAUAUUCAUAUCUUACAUAUCUUUUUUUUUUCUUUUUUUUUCUUGUGAAGUUUUAUACAAUGGCAACUGAAGCAGCAGAUCAAAGAGUGAUCGAUGAGCUGGAACGUGUACUCGUCAACAAGGAUGGUAAAAGCGAGUUACCUUUCCGCUAUCGUGCUUUGUUCAGCUUGAAUCAUUUAUCUCAGAAAGGAGACAAACGCGCUAUUGAUGCAAUUUAUAACGCUUUCGGUGAUGAGUCUGAAUUGCUGAAACAUGAAAUGGCUUACGUUUUGGGACAGUCCGGUUUAGAAUACGCCAUAGAUCCUUUGACAAAAAUUGUCGAGGAUCCUGGCCAGCAAGUUAUGGUUCGUCAUGAAGCUGCUGAAGCAUUGGGUGCUCUUGGCUUUACUAAGAGUUUACCGGUUUUGGAAAAAUACUAUAAAAACGAUCCUUUGGCACCUAUUCGCGAAACUUGUGAGUUGGCUAUUGCUCGCAUUCAGUGGAAGAAUGGUCUUGACAAGAACAACGAAAAGAUUUCACCAAGUGUUUACGAUAACAUCGUAGAUCCUGCUCCUCCAAUGCCUGACACUGUUAAGGAUGUGAAUAAGGAAAUAGAAAAGUUGAAAUUAGAGUUGGUUGACCAAAGUCUCCCUUUGUUUCAUCGUUACCGUGCCAUGUUUCGUUUACGUAACAUUGGUACCAAGGAAGCCAUCGCUGCUUUAGUUGAAGGUUUUGAAGAUCCUUCUGCUUUGUUUCGUCAUGAGAUUGCUUUCGUUUUCGGUCAAAUGGUGGAUCCUCAUUCUGUUCCAGCUCUUAUUGAAGUGUUGGAAAACACUCAAGAAGUGGACAUGGUACGACACGAGGCUGCCGAGGCAUUGGGUGGCAUUGCUACCGAAGAAUGUCUUCCUGUAUUAGAAAAGUAUUCGAAGGACAGUGUUCCUGUUGUCGCUGAAUCCUGCGCUGUCGCCCUUGAUAUGAUAAAGCAUGAACAAUCGGGUGAAUUGGAAUAUGCUUACAUUCCUAAAGUUUCUUCUUAAGAUUUAUUUCUUUGAUUUCCAAAGAAAAUUUUUUCAACUUGACAGGAUAGGCUUCAAGACGAUAUUUGAUUUGACCUACACUUGUGGUAGUCUUCUUUAGAGUUUUCCUUUUUUCGCUAUACUUAAUUUAAUUUUUUGGUAA